GCCGAGCGUCGCGAGGGAGACCCCGCGUUUUCAUUCACAAGAAACCUUAACAAAAACCUAUUGAAAAAGCCCCAAAUUUAAUCCAAAAAAUAUAUUUUUUUGUCAAAAAUUUCGUAUCUGUUAAAUUGUGUUACUAAUUGUUUGUGUCUAAGAGUGUGAACUGGGAGUUUCGUUAAGAUAUCCUGUGCGCCCAAUAUGGCUGAGUUUCAGAGCCAGCCACUGGAUUUUCAGUCGUUCUAGGGUGUUGUCUAUCUAAAAACAGCGGUACACAUUGCGGCCUCCUGCAUUCGAAAUUAAGAGAUUUUAAAACAAGCUUCAAAUCACACAAGGUGGCGUCAAAGAAGAGAUGAGGUAUUCCAGUUCUAGCGGCGGUCUCGGUUGACACAAUGGAGGUGUCGUGGCUGGUGCUCGCCGCCAUCUUCAUAGCGGCGCACGCGCAGAAUAAUAGAAAUGACGGCCCGAGGUUUUUAUCAAGAGGGCACUCAUUCAGGACUGUAGUUGGAGACACACUGCUUCUACCAUGCCAAGUCCAGAAUUUAGGCUCACUAGUCCUACUAUGGCGAAGAGGCCCGGCAGUGCUCACAGCUGCCAGUCUCAUGGUGACCAGAGACGAACGGUUUCGUUUGGUCGACGGCUAUAACCUGCAGAUUACUGAUGUAGGACCUCAGGACGCCGGAGACUACGUCUGCCAGAUCUCCGACCGCGUCGCCCGAGACCAGGUCCACACAGUAGAAGUGUUAGUGCCACCGUCAGUACGCGCUAUGCCCGAGUCGCGGCACGCGGCGGCGCGGCGAGGCGGCGCGGCCGUGCUCGAGUGCAGGGCCGCCGGCAACCCCGUGCCCACUGUCACUUGGCAUAAGCUUGUGAUACCGGUGUUGCAGAACGACUCGAAGACGCGGCUCGGGGAGGGCCCGCAGCUGCAACUGUCGCGGCUAGAGAGGGGACACAGCGGCCGGUACGCCUGCACUGUCGAUAACGGAGUCGGCGCACCACUAGUUGCCGAGUUUCAGUUGCAAGUGCUGUACCCGCCCGAGAUUACAGUGGAGCGCUCGUGGGUGCACACCGGUGAAGGAUUCAGAGCUGAACUGCUCUGUACAGUACUGGCUGACCCACCGGCUGAGGUGACCUGGUACCAGAACUCCUUCCCUCUCAGCGCAUCGGAGCGCGUGACGAUGUCGGCGCGAGGCAACAACCACACGCUGCUCAUAGCCAAUGUGCAGCCUGAGGACUUUGGCAAUUACAGCUGCGUAGCAGACAACAGCCUCGGCCGAGCCCGUCAGCACGUCGAAGUAUCAGGCCGACCCGGACCGGCGCGGUUCACAUCGGCACCUCUAGCUCGCUCCCACACAAGAUACGUGCUGGCUUUCGCAGUAGACAGCUAUCCACCGCUAGAUGAACUGAGGCUGCUGUACCGACAAUUGGCGAUAAACGAAUCCUUCCAGCAACCAGGUCGCUGGCACGAUGUCGUCAUCCCAGCCCCGGCGCCCGCUGGCUCCCUCACCCACCGCGUCACGCACGAGCUGCGCGGGCUGGAGCCUGGAGCUGUGUACGAGUCUAUAGUACAGGCGAAGAAUCGAUACGGGUGGAAUGAGGUCAGCGACAUAUUCCAGUUCCACACUCUAGGCGGCACCCACACGGCCCACGCAGACGAACUAACCCCCAUGUUUUCUUCAUCAUCAAGAAAGCAAAUAACAAAAUCCAUAAUAUUCGCCUUAUAUACGUUUUUAACGUAUUUCAUUUGAACCGACCAAUCACAGCGCCCCAUUUGACGUUUCAAAGUUUUGACGUUUAUUUUUUUUAAUCGUAAAACGAUAAGACACCAAACUCUUUAGUGUUAAGCUUUUUUAAGAGUGAGUGACAGUUUUUUUGGCGCCAGAUUUUUUGACAGCUUUUUUCACGCGGGAUUUUAAUAAAAGUUUUAAAAAUUAUUUAACUAAUCAAUAAUUUAAUAAAUCAGUGACAAAAAUAAUCAAAUUAAUGUACUUGAAAUUAAAAUUGCGCGCGAAUUAAUAAAUGUGGCGUUCUUGAGCUUUUUAUCAGUGUUACCAUACCUUGAAUAAAGCUACCAUUUUGUAUAAAUCGCAUUAAGUUUAGGGUUCCUUGGAGUUUAUAUUUAAAAUACCUGACAAUGACUGUUUACGCACACUAUUUUAAAUUAAAAACAUGCUUUUGUUUAAUUUUAAGCUGAAUUUUAGUAAAAUGUGCUUAUGCAUAUCGUUGGUCGUUGAAUCAAAUUAUUUAUUUGUCUUAAUUUGGUUUAAUGACAAACUUCACCUGCCCAAAUCAUUAGGAUAUUAAUAAUAAUAGAAUAUCAGCUAGUUGCAUCAUGUUUUACGUUAUUCAUUUGUAUAGACAGUACACCAAUCUUUCAAUUGUCUUCAAUAGAUUUUCAACUUUAUCAUAAUAAUGGAAGGUUGAUGUUCGAUUGGUAAAAUUUGAUAGAUUCCGGUAGGUUGACCUGCUGACGUCUGUACUUCUUAUAGAAAGUAAAUCAAAGAAUUAUGUUUUUAUAUAAAAUAGAAAGAGAACAGCAUUUUUGCUUGUACAUUUUAAAUUAUAAUUUAAAAAUUUAUGUAGACAAUUUCGAUGCAACUAGUUAAAAUAAUGUAUAUAUCGCUAUUGUGUGCAAUAGAAUAUAAUUUGCUUAACAUAAUCAUAAAAUGCAUUAACUUAAACCUUACUUUACAUAGAGGAACCUAAUAAAAUCUAGUCGUAACAUAGUUAAAACUAUAAUUUCGCAUAUAUAGUCGCUUUUUAACAUAUAUAUGUAAUAUUUUACGAUACAUAAUAAUAUUUUUUACUAAAUUACAUCCAUGUAAAGUGAAUUUACUAAUAUAUUGUAGUUAUAAUAUUAUUCUAAGGUUUUUCCAAAUGAAAAAUGCUUUUGUCACAAAAUGGCCGACUUCGUAACGUCAGGUAGGAUUGUAAAUGAAAUGAUUUUGAUGUAAAUGCGAUUAAUUGAACGUUCGACUCUUUUGCUGUGAGUGACACUACACACUGAAAAGGCAUUCUUUUUUUAACCAACUUCCCAAAAAGAAGGAGGUACCUACUCGUUUAUAAAAAUAUUGCCCAUUCUAUGAAUUUUACUCAAUGUUUAUAUGACCCUUGUGGCAAUCGAACUACAAGUCUACCUACUUACGAAUCCUUUUUUUUGUGGAAAAUCGACAAAUGACAACUCCCGCUGUUGGUGCAACGUAAGGGAAUGUCAGACUCUUACAUCAUGUACCUUCUUAAGCUCUUUAUGUACCAGCGCCGCGGUAACAAUGUCACAGCCCCGACAAUCGUUCAGUCCUCGGCUUGAUAUAUCCAUCUUUUGCUAGACUCUUCGUUCGAUCUUCACUCCAUCUUUUCAAGAAUAUUGUCAAAAUAAAUGAAAUUUACAGUUUUUCCACCGACUUUCCAAAAAGGAGGUACCUACUCAAUUCGGAUGUUUACUUUUCAUAAAAAAAUAAUAAAACUAUAAUAAUUUUUAUUUUAUUGAAGCUACAUAGGCUCACUUCGUAGUAAUGCUUAUACCUAAGGGUUAGUAAAUUAAAAUUAAAAUUAUUUAGGGUAUGUCCUGACGAACUAUGACCUUUAUAAAAUGCCUCAACAUACGGGAGUCGUUCAGGUCACUAUGUGAAGUUCUUUUAAGUUUUUAUGUAAAUGUAGAUUUCAGUGUGUAGUGUCCUAAACCUUUUCGGUCCCCAUAUAAGCAGAUAGUCUCCUAGCUAUUAUUUUAAUUAAGCAAUAAAUCGUGUUAGUGAUAAAAUCUAUCUCUAGGAGUAAAGUAACGUGUAUUUAUUAUUUUAAUUUCAAACGUUUCUUGAGGUUUCGUGUCCAAUUGAUGGUGGUAAUGACAAUAUAAUACAAUAAAACAUUAUACUUUCUGUUUAAAUAUAUAGAUAUUUUGCGCCGAUAACUACAAUAAUGAAAGAUCCAAAGUUAAAAUCUCUCUUUUUCUUUUCUGUUUGUAACCAACUAGCUGCUUUCCGUAGUUUUUGAAGAAGAUUGUAGCUUUCCAACAGUCAACGUCUUUCUAUAAUCGCUUCAGUAGUUUCGGAGGCUUGACCCAACAAAAAAAAUAUAUUUUUAUUAAGCUAGUAUAAUAUGUAGAUUAACUACUGAAAGUCGCUACCACCAUCAAUAUGAGCACAUUUGAAGUCUUGAAGUCGAAGUCCUCAGCGAUUAAAAACGUAAUUUAGGUGCAAUAUUAAUUUAAGUGUGAAUUCGAAAGCAAUAUUGGAACACAUCACUAGUUUUUUGUAAGAAAACAAAAAUUUAUUGAAGAUUUUUUAUUUAUUUAUUUAAAUUGAUAUGGUUUAUUUUAACUUGUUUAUUUUGUUGAAUGUAAUAAGGAAAAAACAUGAAUAUAUUAUGAUUUACAAUAAGAUAUUCUGAAAAAAGCUGUAAAGUAACAGCGAAAAAUUGUUUACUUUCUUGCAAAAAAAUUACUUGUAUUUAAAUUAUAACAGUUUUUUGUAUUUAAAUUGUACCUAGCCAUCUAUGACAUUACUUUUUAUUUCAUGAGUGGAGAAUAAUAUGAAAAUUUAAAAAUUGUAUACUGUUUUACUAAUCUUCGUUUCUUCUGGGCACUUAAAAGUUAUCAUAAUUAAAAAUUAAAUAAUUUUCAAAACAACUAUGUAAAUGAACACUGCCGAGGUAUUUUUAAAAAUGUUUUUUACAUUUUUUUUUAAGAUUUUACUUGACAAACGCAUCAUAAAUAAAUUAAUUAAUUAAUUAAUGUAAUAAAUUAAAGAAAAUCGGCCAUAAUUCUUUGGACAAGAAUUUAGAUGUAAUUUUUUUUAGAAAAAAAUAAUAAUACUUGGUAUAAUAUUAUAUAAAAAAAAUAUUAUAUAGUUCGAGUGAAAAAUUGUAAAUUUGAUGGGCUGUAGAAAAGCGCCUUUUUUAUUUAAAGAAAAAUAAAAAAACUGAACCCUGUAUGUAGUAAAUAAACGUGUAAGUUUAUUAUAA